UGAUUUCAUGUUGCACAGGAGAAAUAUCAGGAAUUCAAGGAGCGUGUGAUGAGGAUUAGGGAGAAAGCAAACUUCACGAUUAAUCAAGAUCACCCUCCUCUUAUUGAGGUGAUAAAUGACAAAGCCAUCAGUGAAGAAGUGGAUGCGGAUAUACCUCUCCUCGUUUACGUCUCUCGUGAGAAAAGGCCUUCACUCCCCCAUCAUUUCAAAGCCGGAGCCCUAAAUGUCCUUCUUCGAGUCUCAGCCAUGAUUAGCAAUUCUCCAUACAUACUAGUUUUGGACUGUGACAUGUAUUGCAACGACCCAUCAUCAGCUCGUCAAGCAAUGUGUUUUCAUCUUGAUCCCAAGAUGUCUCCUUCACUAGCUUUCGUUCAAUUUCCUCAAAAAUUUCACAACAUUAGCAAGACUGACAUCUAUGACAGCCAAUUGAGAUCCACAUUCAAGAUACUAUGGCAAGGUAUGGAUGGGCUUGAGGGACCAAGUUUGUCUGGUACAUGCUUUUAUAUAAAGAGAAAGGCGCUCUAUGGAAGUCUCAUGAAAGAAGAUGUUGAUAUCAUAAAACUUAAAGAGUCUUUUGGCUCUUCCAAUGUUUUCAUCAAAUCCCUUGGUCGACACUACAAGCCAAAUCAUAGCGACGUUUGGAGUAAAAUGUUGGUCAAAGAAACCCAAAUUUUAGCAUCUUGUGCAUAUGAAAAUCAAACCAAAUGGGGCAAAGAGGUGGGCUUCUUGUAUUUCUCAGUGGUGGAAGACUACUUCACAGGGUUCAUCAAUUUACACGGCAAAGGUUGGAUUUCAGUGUAUUGUGACCCGGCAAGGCCAGCUUUUUUGGGCUCAGGCACCACAAAUCUGAGUGAUGUGUUGGUUCAGAGCACCAGAUGGAGUUCUGGUUUGGUUGAAGUUGCUAUCUCAAGGUUCUGUCCUCUUCUACAUGCCCCAAAGCAGAAGGAGAAGCAGAUGUCUGUUCUUGCGAGAAUGUGUUAUGCAGAACUUGCAUUCUUUCCUUUCUAUUUCAUCCCAUUGUGGUGCUUUGCUACCAUUCCUCAGCUCUAUCUUCUCAAUGGCAUUCCCUUGUACCCUGAGGUUUCAAGCUGGUAUUUCAUUGUAUUUUCAUUCAUUUUCGUCUCGUCCCAAUCCAAACACAUCCAAGAGAUCUUCUCAACUGGAGGUUCAACCCAAACAUGGUGCAAUGAACAGAGAAUGUGGAUGAUAAAGUCAGUCACAUGUCAUCUCUAUGGAAGUUUGGAUGCUUUCAUGAAGAGAAUGGGUAUGAGAGAAGCCAGUUUUCUACCAACCAAUAAAGCUGUCGAUGGUGAGCAACUCAAGAGAUACCAAAUGGGUAAAUUUGAUUUCCAAGCAUCAAACAUGUUGAUUGUUCCAGUGGUUACCUUGGUGAUUCUAAACCUAGUAUCCUUGUUUGGAGGAGUUACUAGGAUGGUGGUUAUCAAUGGAAGUUUCAAUGAGAUGUUUGUGCAAGUUGGCUUGUCGUUUUUCAUUGUAUCAAUGAGCUACCCUAUUGUUGAAGGGAUGGUGGUGAGGAAGGACAAGGGUAGGGUUCCAAUUUCUGUUUCUAUUUUGUCUGCUGUGAUUUCCAUGAUUUACUUGCUUUUGGGAUCUCUUAUUAUCAUGUAUUGGUGACAAGUAGAUCAUGUAGUUGGGUUAGAAGUUUUGUAUUAAUGUAUCACGAUGUUGUUAGUAUUUUGAGUUUAGUUAUUUUCUUCCUAAGAAGAGGAAAUGAACAAA